CCCAGCCAGGCCAGAGGACGCGGGGAAGGUGGGGGGAGUCCUCCGAAGCCAGCCAUUGCUCCCCCCCAUUCCCUCCUUGUCCCGAGGCGGAGGCACGCACUGAGUGUAAACCGAGGGAAAGGAAGAGGAGUCAGCGCCCGGUCUGGGAGGGACCCGUGUUCCUGAGAGAGGUCUACUGCCUGCCUGCCCGGGGACCAGGCUCCGCAAAAGCCUGAGGCCUCUCUCUGAUGGCUGCUGCACCGUUGGGGUUGGAGUUAGCGGUCUACAUCCUCACUUGUGCGAGGCAUAUGUGCGGAGAGCUUUGGAAGCCUGAUCUUGUCGGGAUCCCCAAAGGCCCAGUGUUCAGCCUGAGGAGGACUGGACUUGGCCUGUGUAGCUCUGGUUGGCCUGGAACUCACUCUGUAGAUCACGCUGACCUGAACUCGCUGAGAUCCGCCUGCCGCUGUCUUCUGAGUGCCGGGAUUAAAGUGCGCCACUAUCCGGCUUAUGUUGAUUUUCUUGACAGUACUGGAGACAACACUUCUUCCACUGGGCAACUUCUCUGACCAAGCUAUGGUGAAAGAUGUUUCGCAAAGGCAAGAAGAGACACAGCAGCAGCAGUUCCCAGAGCAGUGAAAUCAGUACAAAGAGCAAGUCUGUGGAUUCCAGCCUUGGAGGGCUUUCAAGAUCCAGCACUGUCGCCAGCCUCGAUACAGACUCCACUAAAAGCUCAGGACAAAGUAACAGCAAUUUAGACACGUGUGCUGAGUUCCGAAUAAAGUACGUUGGUGCCAUCGAGAAACUGGCUGUGUCUGAGGGGAAGAGCCUCGAAGGACCACUAGACCUGAUAAAUUACAUAGAUGUCGCCCAGCAAGAUGGAAAGUUACCUUUUGUUCCCAUGGAAGAGGAGUUUAUUCUGGGCGUUUCUAAGUACGGCAUAAAAGUCUCGACCAUGGAUCAGCAUGGUGUUCUGCAUAGGCAUGCCCUGUAUUUAAUCAUCCGGAUGGUGUGUUACGAUGAUGGCCUGGGAGCCGGGAAGAGCUUGCUGGCACUCAAGACCACCGAUGCAAGCAAUGAAGAAUACAGCCUGUGGGUUUACCAGUGUAACAGCCUGGAACAAGCCCAAGCAAUCUGCAAGGUCUUAUCCACAGCGUUUGACUCCGUGUUGACCUCUGACAAGUCCUGAACUCUGCAGACAAGUGGAAACUGACCCAUUGAGAGCUCACCUUUUCCUGCAUCCGUCUGCAGCCAUAGACUGUUAGAGGGUGUAAAACUUGACCCAGUUUUCUAAAGUGUAAUUUAUAAAAUAUUGGUCUUGUACUAAAAGGUGUCGUUAACAGUAGGUCAACGUCCAAUAAAUUACCUGCUUUCUGGACUAAAGAGAAACCUUGGGGUCGGGACAAACGGCCUGGUACUUAAGAGCAUUUGCAGAGGGUUCAGUUCUCAGCACCAAUAUGGUGGCUCAAAAGUGCCUGUAACUCCAGUUCCAGGAGAUCCGACCUCCUCUUCUGGCUUCCUUAGGUACCAGGCAUACAUGUGGUGUACAUACAUACAUACAUACAUACAUACAUACAUACAUGCAUGCAUACAUGCAGCCACUCACCUGUACACAUAAAAAUAAAAUCUAAGAAAGAUAAA